AUGGCUGCCAAAAGCAUCGAGAAUAAGCUUCAGCUGGAAGUGACCUGCUUCCUUUGCAUGGAGUAUUUCAUAGACCCCGUAACUCUAGAUUGUGGGCACAGUUUCUGCCAUGCCUGCAUUCUGGAGCUCUGGGGGCAGGUUCCCCAGGAGCCCAUUUGCCCUCGGUGCAAACAGGAAGUUCCUCGGCUGAACUUCAAGCCAAACAGGCAACUGGCCAGCAUUGUAGGGCUAAUCAAAGAGCUGAAUGAUCAGGCACAAGCGGCCGAAAAGGUGGAAGUCUGCAAGGAGCACCAGGAGGCACAGAAGACUUUCUGCAAGGAUGACUUAUCCCUCUUCUGCUCGGGAUGCGACACCUCCAAGGUGCACCAGACUCACAACGUCAUUCCUGCGGCAGAAGCUGUGGAAGAAUACAAGGGUAAUUUUUUAAGCCACAUUGAGGCUCUAAAGAAAGAGAAAGAAGAGAUUCUGAUCCAUAAGGCAGAUGCAGAAAAACAAUGUCAAGACCUUCUUGUAGGUGCUGCUAUUGCUGGGAAGUUAUACUACCGUAUUUCUUCGAUUGUACUAACAGAGACAGAGAAGAACCAAAUGCUGGCUGAGCUCAAAGCCCUGCAGGACCUUGCGGGAGAAAAAAGCAGCUCCUGGGUUGAUAAGAUAGAAAACGUGAAGGAGGAGAUCUUGGCCAAGAGGGACGAUCAUGUGGCCAUACUCAACAGGGAAAUCACCACUAUAGAGAAAAUCACCCAGGACUUGGAAGCAAAGUGUCAGCAGUUGGGGCUUGAAUUCCUGCAAGAUGUUGGAAGUACCUUGAAGAACUGUAGGAAGACGCCGACGUUUGUGAACCCAGUGCCUUUUCCACCAGAGGUGAAAGCGGAAAUUUGGGAAUUGCGUGAUUUUAAUGCCCUUUUACAGAGUGCCGUGGAACGCUUUGAAGAAACUCUGAUAUCUGGAUUUCAGCAGAAGAAAGAAAAUGUGACUUUUGAUCCGGACAUGGCUCAGCCCAAACGUAGGAGACUCUCAGAUGAACCUCAAGACCCGCAAAAUAUUUGA